UCGGACUAUCGGGGUUGAAAUAUUGAGUCUGCGAUUGCGUUUUUCUGGAAGGAUUUAUCCUGGAUGUAUUUUCCCUAUAUAUAUAUACUCUGUUUUGGACAUCCACUGCGUCUCUAUGCACCUAGAGAGGGGCAGCUGUCGUUUUUCAAAGUUUGGACUGGAGUGAAUUUAGCGAGGAGGAAAGAAGACUAUCCAAGGGGACCGGAGAAGUAGCUAGCUAGCUGGCGAGCUAGCUGUCUGGGGGGAAGAAACCGCAAAGAAAGUAUGGCUGUGCGCAAUGUUUCGGUAACGGAUUACAACCAAGUGAGUGGAAAGCUUUUUACCAUGUUUCUGUUGUUAUUCGUUGGAAUUUUGGGAGUUGGUGGACAGUACGGGGACCGAGGACUGUCCAUUCCUGAGCACGGCUUUUGCCAGCCAAUUUCCAUCCCACUUUGUACGGACAUAGCCUACAACGAGACCAUCAUGCCAAAUUUACUGGGACACACAAACCAAGAGGAUGCGGGACUCGAAGUGCACCAGUUUUACCCGCUUGUCAAAGUUCAGUGCUCUCCGGAUCUUAAGUUUUUCCUCUGCUCUAUGUACGCGCCCGUCUGUACUGUGUUGGAUCAAGCGCUGCCCCCCUGUAGAUCCCUGUGCGAUCGGGCGAGGCAGGGUUGUGAGGCACUGAUGAACAAAUUCGGCUUCCAGUGGCCGGAUAGCCUCGCUUGCGAACAAUUCCCCGUUCACGGCGCGGGCGAGUUGUGUGUCGGACAAAACCUGUCGGAAAAAAGCACCCCAAUCAACCCGACUCCCCAGGUAACGAUGCCUCCGCACGACAGAUGGAACGGAAAAGGACAGUUUAAGUGUCCCGCUUCUCUGAAAGUUCCUCCUUAUCUGAAUUAUCGUUUUCUGGGUGAGGAUGAUUGCGCUGCCCCGUGCGAACCAAAACGAUCCCAUGGAAUAAUGUACUUCAAUGAAGAAGAACAAAAGUUCGCCAGAAUAUGGAUUGGAAUAUGGUCAGUUUUGUGUUGCGCGUCCACGCUGUUUACAGUUCUGACUUAUCUAGUGGAUAUGAAGCGGUUCAGCUACCCGGAGAGACCCAUUAUUUUUCUCUCCGGUUGUUACACUAUGGUGUCUAUAGCUUACAUUGCCGGAUUUCUGUUAGAGGACAAGGUAGUGUGUAAUGAGAAAUUUGACAAUGAUUUCAGGACUGUGGUCCAGGGAACCAAAAAAGAGGGUUGCACCAUCCUGUUCAUGAUGUUGUACUUUUUCAGUAUGGCCAGCUCAAUUUGGUGGGUAAUCCUGGCGCUCACUUGGUUUCUGGCAGCGGGGAUGAAGUGGGGGCACGAAGCCAUCGAGGCCAACUCGCAGUAUUUUCACCUGGCAGCGUGGGCAGUGCCAGCCAUCAAAACCAUCACUAUCCUGGCUGUGGGACAGGUCGACGGGGACGUGCUUAGCGGGGUGUGCUUCGUGGGCACCAACAGCGUGGAUGCGCUUCGUGGCUUUGUCCUGGCGCCCCUAUUCGUAUACCUUUUCAUCGGGACGUCCUUCCUCCUGGCCGGGUUUGUGUCGCUGUUCCGCAUCCGCACUAUCAUGAAGCACGAUGGCACCAAGACCGAGAAGCUGGAGAAGCUGAUGGUGAGGAUAGGCAUCUUCAGUGUCCUCUACACGGUUCCAGCCACCAUCGUCAUCGCAUGUUACUUUUAUGAGCAGGCCUUUCGGGAGCAGUGGGAGAAAACCUGGAUCAGUAAGACCUGCAAGACUUACGCCGUGCCAUGUCCGGCAUUUCACCAUUCUGACAUGAGCCCAGACUUUACGGUCUUCAUGAUCAAGUAUCUGAUGACCCUGAUCGUGGGUAUCACCUCCGGUUUCUGGAUCUGGUCGGGUAAGACCCUCAACUCGUGGAGAAAGUUCUACACAAGACUGGCAAAUAGCAAGCAUGGCGAAACAACGGUCUGAGUUUGGGGAUUUUAACGACGACAUUUUAAAUGUCUUUUCCCAAAUGUUACACAGAAAAACUGAAGAAUAACCCUUUUGUGGAGUUACAACGAGACACUCUUUGAUAUAUUAUGUUGAUGUUGUAAAUAUGCGUUUGUGAGAUUUUUGUAAGUAUAUAUUUGUAUUUAAAAAAUCUUCUUCCAGUCGAUUUAAAUAAUUCAUACCGGAUUUUGGACAGCAAGUACCGACUUGUCUGUUUUAUGUACACAGCUGAGUUUUGAGGACGUGUGCAUUACCUGGACAUUACUGGGGGGGGGAAACAUACUAUCUGCCUUUCAUCACAAGUCGGAUAUGAACAUUUGCUUGGAAAAGCUGGGUCUGUACUCUGAUGCUGCGUCAAGAGUGAUGCGCAUAUUACAUGUGAACAUGUAUGUAGGCUAUUGCAAGACAUUAAGAAUGAGACAGCGUUGAAAACUUUUCUCAUGUGAAACUCAUGAGUCCCAAGGUCCGACAGUGAAAGUAUUUGGUUCGUUAGUGUUUUUUUGUGUUUUUUACCUAUCCCAUAGGAGUUUACCUUUGAGCUUUAAAUUAAAGCUUACAGCUUUCUCAACAGAUCACACGUCAUUAUCGUUAUGCUUGCAUGACUAACGUCAUGUUGGUGCUCAUUUUCAGUUUUAAAAACGAGGUGGAAUAGAUCUACUGCAUUUUUUCCACGCCAUUGUUUGGGCAGAAUUUUUUUAACUACGGGGCAUAUGAUGGGGUGGGUGGGGACUGUCGAAUCACUUUCAGUGCCUUUGGUUUGUGAGGGCUUCUGAGGAGAGUAGGCUACAUCACACUGGCUGCACGGAGGCUAGGACUGCACUUAUGUAGAGAGGCGUCUGCCUCUAAAAUGGAUUGGGGGUCACGGAAUCCAGCGCAUAUGGGGGAAUGUCCUAGCAAGCCAGUUGUACAUUUUUUCCCAUCUCUGUGUUUAUCUUAGGGGAUUUACUACCAGUUGGAUUGUUAGUUGUCUUAACUUUUCAAUUUGCUUGUUCUGAGCUAAAAAUAGGGUAAUCAAGGACAAAAACCAAGCAGAAAAAGAAUGUCACUUCUGUUAAAAUUUUGAAUUGAGUGAAAUAACAUGUAUUAUUUUCAUAAUUGAUUUAGAUAUGAAUUAUGUCAAGAUCCUGUGGUGAUAUUUCCUGUUUGCGAUUUGAGGGCUGACACGAAUGAGUAAUGUUUGCCACAUAAACUGUGGGAAGGAAAACGAGGCCAGGGUCACCCAUUUAUUAACCCAGUGUACUAUAGUCACCUUCAGUAUAAUGUCAGAUUCCCUCCCUGCUCUCUCACUUUCUCUAUCUCUCUCUCAUUCUCUGUCUCUCUCCCCCCCCCCCCCCCCCCACACACACACACACACAAACAGUGUACUUCUGAUGAAGUGAAAACCCAAGGGGAAGUGUGCUCUUUCAGGCUUAGCAGGUUAAGACGCCCCAUAGGUGCCUGUGUGUGCUGAGGUGUUGUAGGCCACCAUCCCUGUUGUCUCCUGUGCACCAGCCAGCUCUCCUCACUCACCAGCUCUCCUCACUUACCAUUGCUCUAUGUGUUCAUUUUAACCAGUCGGCGUUCCUCAGUGCCCGACAAGAUUGUUAAAUUAGGGUGGAGUUUUUUUUUUUUUUUUUUUUUUUUAAGACUGCAGUUUGGGCCAGCAGUUCAGAUCCUUUUUGCAUGGUUCUGAGAAGAGAAGUAUUUUAAUCACAAAACAAGCAUUGAAGCCUGCAUUCAGCCUCAACUCCACCUCAUUGCCAUCUGCAAUUUGAUUUUUUUGUUUUUCUUGUGCAUAUAUUUGUGAUACUACCAAAAUAACCUUUAUAUUUAUAGAAAAAAAUAGGUUUAUAUAUACCAUGCCUUCUUUGAAGAAUAAAAUUCCCAACUUUGUACAAAUCGUUAAA